UACAAAACUUGUUUAUUUAGACACAAAUUCUGUCAUCAACUGUAAGAAACAAGUGCGGAUGCGUUUGUUCGGCUGAGACAAAAUUUGUUCGGCCAGGCCAAACUACAAAGACGCCGCUGGGGAGGUUUGGAGCCCUACAAAACUAGGCCAAACGUCAAAAUCAUGUCGAACAUGACAGCUUUGUCAAUUAUCACCCUACUUGAUAACCCAACGUGAUCGAAUUGCGCGGGAAAGUUCAUCUUCGCAGAGUGAAUCGAGGUCACAACAUGGCGUACUUUCCUCGGGACUAUUAUUUCAACUAUUAUGGCUCACAAGUGUUUGAUCCUGCUGGUAUUUAUGGUCAAUCGCAGUCUCAAAUUGUAGAGCAACCAAAUGAAGUACAGAAUCCACCGCUUCAGCCUUUACAAGCAAACCAACAAGUGCCGCAAAACAACCAACAAGCGAACAAGCAACAACUUGAUAAAGGCGGCAAAGCGCCAGCACCAAGUAAAGCAAAAAAGACUGAAAGUUUCGAGAAAGAAGAGGAGACGUAUUUGAUUAACCUGUGGGUAUCAUAUCAUGAACGACUCGAAAGCAAAGAUUCGCGAAAAUACUGGGCAAAACUCGUCGACGAACUGAACAAUAAAUAUAACAACAACAGACCUGUCGAUAAAUGCAAACGCCGUAUUAAAUACCUGAUUGAGAAAUAUAAGGAAAGAAAGGACUGGAAUAAGAAGCAAUCGGGGGGAAGUUUGUGGAAGUCUCCAUACUACGAUGAGAUCGAUGCUGUUUUGGGAGUUCGAGAUGUCGUCGAGCUGGAGCGUGUUGGAGAAGCCGGCUCUUCAAGCAUGGAUGACAAGCCUGACGAUUCUAGUUCCCCAAGUUCUUCUUCAGACUCGCCAAAAGGAACCCUUGACCCUAAAGAAACCCAGGAAAAGCGCGUAAAAAGGAAAAGAUCGAAGGCAGCCGCUAACAAGAGGUUGGCAGAAGGUGAAAGGGAGGAUAAAUUGCUUAAAACGAUGACCGAUCAAGGUGACCGCAUGGCCCGUUCUGGUUAAUUACGUUAAAUUGCCAAUAGCAAAGAAGAAGUAGAAGUUGUUGCUGAUGUCGAUAAUAUGAAUAAAUUGCCAGAAACGACACGAGUAGAGCGAUGUAAUUCAUUGGAAGCAUGGCGAAUUGUAAAG